UGUAGGGUUGGAGUUAAUGUAGAUAGUCUUACCGCUGAAGGUGUCAAGCAAGAGGAAUAUAUCCCUGUUCUUAUCGCACCAAUGAAAGAGGAAGAAUCGUUACUAGAUAUCAUUUUUGAGAGCAACCCAUUAGAUAAGAAAUGCGGACAAAGACUCAUAAUUGAAUUAAAACCCCUUAGGAUUAUUUAUGAUGCGAAAACCCUUAUUGGGGUAAUAAACGUCUUCGUUCCAUGGAAAAAUUUAUAUAGCUCAGCAACAGAAGCAAGUAUUGAUGGACUAUAUUUGAUACUUGUGCCAAACAGAGAGAUCAAGUAUGACCCAAUAAAAGAUGAAAAGAAGUUAAGAGACACUAAAUAUUCAGCAUUGGCUCAAAUUGAGGAAAGGAAAAAAAGAGAAGCAGAAAUGGAGAAAACUGAUGAUACUUUUUUGGAAAAACUUAUUGUUCAGAUCAUUAAAAACCUGCAGGUAAAAAUAACCAAUAUUCACAUUCGCUAUGAAGAUAAAAUAACAAAUCCAGGACAUCCCUUUGCCAUGGGAAUAACUUUAAACAAUUUAGCAAUAGACACCACAGAUGAAAAUUGGAAACCCACAGUUGUGGAAGAAAUUGUAACAAAAAUUUAUAAGGCUGUACAGUUGGAUGCUUUAGCAGUUUAUUGGAACUGCGAUAGUGUUACUUAUUCUCAUUUAUCACCUGAAGAAGUUGUUCAAAAUCUGAUUAGGGAAACUGCCACAAACAGGUUUCAACCAGAAAAUUAUAAAUACAUACUUCAACCUAUAAUGUCCUCAGUACAAUUAAAACUUAAUCCCAAACCUGAAAAAGACAAACCGGCCUUUUCAAUACCCAAAGUCCAUUUACGUUUGGAAAUGGAGAAACUUGGAAUUGGUUUAAGUAAAGAUCAAUAUAGUAAUUUAAUAAAGCUUGUCGAUUCUAUGGAUUUGAUGUCCAAAGGAAUACCAUACAGAAAAUACAGACCACAUGUGCCAUCAUAUAGAGGGUACUACAAAGAGUGGUGGCUUUUUGCCUACACUUGCAUUUUGGAAGGAGAAGUCCGGAGAAAAAGAAAUAACUGGAAUUGGGAUCAUAUUAAACAACACAGAGAAAUUUGUCGAGAAUAUGCUGACCUCUACAAACAAAAAUUGUGCAAAGAAAAGUUGGACGCAAACGAUAAAGAGUCAUUACAAAAGUGUGAAGACUUUCUCGAUGUGACUAACAUCAUAAUAAUAAGACAGAAGGUAGAACUGCAAGUGGAAAGAAUGGAAAAGUUACAGGCAAAACCCAAAGGCUGGCUUAGUAAUUGGUGGUGGACAGGAUCACAACAAACGAUCGAUGAAACAACAGACAUAGGCCGCCGCCAUGUGUGGGACACCGUUUUGAAUUUUUGGCCAGCUUCCAGCUGGUGGAGCUCAAAUCAUGCAAAAACAAUUUCAACGGUACAAUCUCAGUCUGUCAGUAUGUACUUAAUUUUCAGUAUCUCGUUAAUUAAAAUAAAUCGUAUUAUUUUUUGUAUAAUAUAUAUCUGUGUGUGUGGGUGA